AUGCAUCUUAAAAACAUGUGAAACAUGGAUAAUCAGUCCUCCGUGUCCGACUUUCUGCUUUUGGAAUUCUCACAGAUCCGAGAACUGCAACUUCUACAUGUCUUUGGGUUCAUGUUAUUAUACCUGGCAACUCUAAUAGGGAACUUUGUCAUCAUCUCUGCAGUAGCCUUUGAUCACCACCUGCACACACCCAUGUACUUCUUUCUGAUGAACUUGGCAAUGCUGGACCUGUGUUCAGUCUCGGUCAUUAUGCCCAAGUCCAUGGCCAAUUCCCUCAUGAAUACCAGACACAUCUCUUAUUCUGGAUGUGUGGCUCAAGUCCUUUUGUAUUUCUUCUUUGCUGGAUCUGACUUCUACCUUCUUACAGUUAUGGCGUAUGAUCGGUAUGUUGCCAUUUGCAAUCCCUUGCAAUAUGAAAUGGUGAUGAACAGGCAUGCGUGCAUCCAAAUGAUAGUUAGUGUGUGGAUCAUUGGCUUUCUCUAUGCACUGUUACACACUGUUGGCACUUUUCAAACUCACUUCUGCUCUAAUGUUAUCAAUCAGUUUUUCUGUGAAAUCCCCAAACUACUUAGGCUUGCAUGCUCUGAUUCAUAUUUAAUUGAAAUUGGGAUUCUUGGGUUCAGCGCUGGUCUUUUUAUAGGUUGUUUUAUCUUCAUCAUUGUCACUUAUGUGCAGAUCUUUACUGCAGUGCUGAGAAUUCCCUCUCUGGAAGGAAGAAAAAAGGCAUUUUCCACUUGCCUUCCCCACCUUAUUGUAGUCUCUGUCUUCAUGAUCAGUGGAUUCAUGGCCUACCUGUGUCCUCCCUCUAAUGCUGUUUCAUAUCUGGACUUGGUAUUAACUGUGAUAUAUUCCUUUGUUCCACCCAUUUUGAAUCCAGUAGUCUACAGCAUGAGAAACAAGGAUAUAAAGACUGCUCUCUCAAAACUAUUAUUUUUGUGGUACUCUCAUAAGAAGAAUUUUUCUAUUUUUCAUUUAUAA